AGGUGCGAUGACUCACCUAAUGUCACGGCUAGAAAGAGAUCUUGCUGAGAGUGGAGCCCUGGGCAGUCUGUCUCUAUCUGAGCCUGCCAUGGAAGGGGAAUCUUCUCAUGUCAAGUCUGGGAGAAAACACCCUAUGACUCAGAGGUCCAUUCUGGGGAGUUGCUCUCCAGGCAGAAAUGAAACUUCAAAGCCCAAUUUCCCUACAAGAAGCUUCUACCUCAAGCGGAGAGGUAAGAUCGGCCAACACCACAAGCAACAGUGAGUACGAAACGCUGAUUCAGACUCGGAUUGCCAACGAAAAGUACCUGAGGACUCACAAAGAAGUGGAGUUGCUUAUAAGUGGUUUCUUCAGAGAAAUGUUUUUGAAAAGACCAGACAACAUCCCGGAAUUUGCUGCAGACUAUUUCACGGAUCCAAGACUUCCCAACAAGAUUCGCAUGCAGCUCAUUAAGGAGAAGAAAGCGGCUUAAUUAGCAAAACCAUGAUGCUCAGCUGUUGAGAGAGACCAGAAAGAAUCCAGCCUGGGGGUGGGGGUGGGGGGUGUUAACCUCGCUUACAGACAGAGACUUCUUUACUCUUGUGAAAAUAAGCCCUGGCUUAGCGGGCCUGGGUGUGAACAAACCAAGCGGAGGAAUUGAAGUUUCAUGCGAGUGUUUAGUUUUCUUGACUCUAUUUUGGGGAAUUAGGGACCGUGAAGAGAGGCCCAGGGUUUGUCUAGCAUGUCUGCGGCAGGAGGAGGGAUCCAGCUUCUUCGUCUGGUGAAAGGACAGGGAGGAUGGAGAGCCGCGUGUGCUGGAGCAGACUGACAAGGAAGCGGCGGUGAGGCAGUACAUCUAGACCUCGCUCCCAGAAGGCAGAUUUCCAGGGGGCGCCUACAGAUGGCCUUUUCCUUACACCCUCGAUGGUGGGAGCCGAUGGUGGGAGCCGAGUGGGUUUCCACUGCUUCUGCAAAUGGUCACAGCGUCUUGGAUGGAGCGUUUUCCUGCUCCCCUCCCCUUCAGACUCGGCUGUGCCGAUAACGACCAUCACACGUUUUCAGGCAGGGUGAUUUCUGAAAUGAUGUUGAAGGUUGGGCUUUUUUUUUUUUUUUAAUGUGAGGUGGGAAGAGUCACAUUCCUGAUUUAGCAGAGCCAUUUCUAUUUUGCAGGGUCAUCUGGAUGCAAGAGAGCCCUGAUACUGUCAGUGUGGGUUUCCAGGCUGCCUUGGGCUCUGUCUGCUGUUGCAAAAGCUUUUAAAAUUACUCAUUGAAAACAGACUCUCCUGUUCUUCCUGCUUUCUUUCACUCAGAGGGAGGAAGGCAUCCUCCACGGGAGGGCUAUUGGGGUCCCACUUUGACCUGCAGGCUGCGAGCCUGUUUCUCUCGGGGUAGGCCUCUCGGCUUGGGGGCUGGGCUGUUCCCAAAGUGCCUCCCUACUGCCCACUGUCUGCCCCCCAGGCCAGGCACCCCCCCAGAGUCAAGGGUGGAUGAAAGAAUGGGGGUAGGGACCCUAAGAGGACCAUAGCUGCUCAUGGUGGCCCCGAAACAAGCAGAAACCUCACAUCUAUGGUGGUUUCUGUCUUUUAACUUCCUGGGUGGCUGGAACAGAGCUUACAGGUGAUGAUUAACUUUUAUUGCAAUAGCAGCGAUGAUAAGAGUAAUUGGACCGGAAGGACAGCAAGAGAGGAGAGCUUAGACAUAGAACCCUCGCGCGGAGUCGUGAACGCCGUGCAACCUGAGCCUCGCAGGUGACUUGGGGUCGUGGGCUUUGCUCUGGAGGGCUUAGGAGAAUAAAAUGCUCAUUCAUUUUUUAAUUUUCAGCUGAGACAGGAGUGGGCCAGUUGGCCGAAUGGAGUCUUCUCUGGGCUUGGGAGGCAGGGAAGUUUCCAUGUUUAUGUCCCACCUCUCUGGCCUCCACAGCCCAUUGGCUCUGCGGUCUGAAGGACCUCUCACCUGUGUGUCAUGUGGCCACGUCACCAUGGCAACAGAAGCACAGACUAAUGCGGGGGUUAUCUUAUUUUUAUUUCUCUUGCUCUAUUUUGUUCCCAGCUGCCAUCAUCUGCAGUAGAAAGGGCAACAAAAACGGGGCAUUUAGGGAACGAUACAGACUAUAUAUAAAAUGCUAUAGAAUAGAAACCUGAGGAAUUAUUUUAAGUGCUUCCAGAAUCACACUUCAGCAGCUAUGGCUUUGACAAUGAGGUCUCCCUGUUUAGAAAAUCCAAAUGGCGCCUUCAGCAGGGAGCACACUCCUACUAAGGGCCUCACGUGCAGUGUUAUGUUAGACACACGGAGCCUCUCCUGGGAUACCUGUGACAGUGCAGGGAGAGAGCACAGUGCUUUUCAAGGUGCUUGAGUGCAUGAUUUAACACUGUGACAGUACAAUGGCUUGUUCUUGGGGGUCUCCUGGUAGAAAUAAUCAAUGCAUUUUAUUUCAGAUACAUUGCAAAGCCUUCCUGAGUAAAGAAUGCACAAAGCUCCGGUCCCCGGUGU